AUGUAUGGCGAUAAAUUAGAACUUCAGUCUGAAAAGCUUGCUUGUGCUUUAGCAGAGGCCCAGCCUGAAAACUCAAAAGAAUUGGAACAAGUUGCAGAUGAGGAUAUGAAGUUGUGUUCUGAAGCUUCAGACAGUGUUAUGGAAUUAGAAGAAUUUGUUGAAAAGAUGAUGAUUCUCAAGAAUAAAUCAGUUAUUGAUCAAGCAGACGGAAAACUUACUCCUUCGGAAAAUGAGAGGCUAGUGACUGUACAAGAACAAAUAAAAGAUAUGAUGAAUAUUCAAAUACACCAUCAACAAGAAUUCAUAAAGUAUGUGGAGAAACGAGAUAAAGAGGAACAGACUGAAUCUUCAGUUAAACUUCCUAAACUGGAUUUGAAUAUGUUUUAUGGAAACAAAUUACAUUGGUGCGAAUUCUGGGACGCCUUUGAGUGUACCAUCCAUAGAAACGAAAAGCUAUCGGACAUAGAAAAGUUCAGUUAUCUACAGAGUAAAAUUGGCGGUGACGCUAAGCGUGCUAUUGCUGGCCUAGCGAGAUCAGGAGCAAGCACCUUCCUAUAA